UGAGGAAAAGCGGAAAAGAGGAAAAACAGCAACAGCAACUAAGCAAAACAUGGGCCAAACCAAAACAAAAACACACGAUUUGCCGGCAAAAUGCACGUGACAUCCUUAGAGGAGUUUCGUCGGGUAAGAUCCUUCGUCGAGUGCCGAAUGCAACUCAACGAAGAGCAACCGAAGCUGCGCAGAAUCCAACGAGCGGUAUAAAAGCGAGACGCUCGCAGAACUCGGAGCAUUUGAUUGUCGUCACUCGCAAGGAGAGGUUCCCAACUUGAAACCAGUGCAAAACCGCUAAGGACUGAAAAUAAAAGUGAAACUUUAAAGCCAAAAACCACACACACGCACACACACAUUGCAUACAGUCCUGUGCGAGUGUGGGUGACUGUUUGGCAGUGUUGAGAACUCGUGUUUGUGUGACUUGGCCAAGUGGAUUUCUAUUUUUUGCUCCAUUGAAAGCCAGCUCGUGAAGUGCAGUGAUAUUAUAUAUAUUUUACUGGCGAACACUUUCCAAAUCUCGAACAAAAUAAACGCCGAAACUCUGGCAAUUGCAUUCUGAUCCUUGGACAUGUGGAGCAGGCAGCGUAUGCGCCAUAAGCCGCUUUGGGCCCUAAUAUCCUUGACCGUUUUGCUGCUGGUCUUGGACAAAAGCAAUGCCAACACGGAGCCCGUUGAGACCAGCACCACAUCCGAGCCAGAUGCCUCGCCGGGCUGCCGGGCGCCGGAUGUGCGCUUCACGAUUGUCAAGCCGGAAGCGACGACGGAGCAGCCGCUGGCCAAGUUCGAGACCACGCAGGUCUACCUGCCGGAGGACUUCACCACGGCGGAUGUGGAGUUCGUGGAGUCGGUGCCGCGGCAUCCCAACGAGAACCACGCGGCCGUAAUCAAUCCGUACUCCCUGGAUUUGGGCGAUGACCACCUGCACGCUGGCGAUGCGGCCGCCAGUUUGGUGGGCGACGAUGACCUGGACGAGGAGGACGGGGAUCACCAUGGCGACCCGGAGGACAAGCGCCUGAAUGCCAAUCGCAAGCAGGGCAAGAGGCGGCGUGCCGGUUCUGGGCGCAGGCGCAGGAUUGAGAACGAAAACGGCCAGACGGGCAGGGGGCGUGGCAGUCGGUACAAGCGACACGCCAUCCUCCACGACACGGAAGCCUCUCCCGAUACGGAUCGCUGGGCAGGCAGCAAACUGGCAGCAGAGGGCGAUGUGUAUUACGUGCACAUAGCCGACAUCUUGAAAAGCCGCGAACCCAAUAAGGAACUGAAGUCUAAGCUACAUAAACUGAAAAUGAGGGCCAGACUGAACAAAUGCCUGGCGGAGGGAGGAAAGGAGAAGUGCACCAAGCUGCCCAAGAAGAAGUCCAAAAAGAAGGCGCCCACCGAGGAGCAGACCCUCAAGAAGGAGAAGAAGCAGCUAAAAGAGGAGCAGCUGGCGAAGAACAAGAAGCAGUUGCCCGCGGAAGGACCAGCCCCGAAGACCGAGGAAAGGGAGGAGGAUCUGGAGCAGCCGGAGGCCGCAGGACAUCACCGCCGACGCGGGGACAGUCACGCUGCAGAGCUCGACCAGCGUGACCGGAGCCCGCGUUGGCGUCGCCGCCGCAGCACCGAGUCCAAGGGCGAUCUUGGGGUCAAACCAAAUCCAGAUCCUGACACGGAUACGGAUGCGGAUGCUGCUGUCGAUGCGGAACAGGAGGAGCAGCUGCUGCAGAAGUACGGGAAUCAGUCGAGCAGUGCACGAGUGGCCCUGUUGUGGCAACGUGUUAAGCGCAAGUCCGGCAAGACCACGGGUGCACUGAGCCGUCCGAAGGGUGGUGGCGACUCCAGCUCGAAGACCACCAGUCGCAAGGACAAGGGUAUCUACGACGAGGAGGCCGGCUACACGCCCAUCCACCCGGACGAUCCGGAGUUCGAGGAGGAGGAGGAGGAGGACGAGGAGGUCGACAUCCUGCAGCAGUUCACCGAGGUGUCGGAGAUCCGGUUCCCCGGCGAGAUCGGGCCCAUGGGGGAUCGGCGGCUCUGCAAGAUCCGCUGCGUCAAGGGCAAGUGGGUGGGUCCGCUGUGCGCCACCAACGAGGAGGACGAUAAUGGCAACGUGAAGUUCCAGCCGCUGUACAAAAGCUGCCACGUGAACCGGAUUCCGUCGCACUUGCUGCUCAGCUACCGCAACAUUUCAGUGACACCGAUCCCACCAAAUCGCGGCUGGCGUAAAACGCGCUUAUCCAAAUCGACACUUCUCUCAAAUACAGAAAUUAAUGUGGGAUGGGACCUGCCACAUGGACACUCCCUGCAGGCCCGCUGCCAGGAGCUGGGCAUCUACAAGCUCCUGGGCGAGUCAAGGGUCCUCUGCUCGAACGGUUUGUGGGCCCCGAGAAUGCCAAGUUGCGUCCCCACCACCGUGUUGACCAACUACUCCGAGGACAGCGCUCCCUCGAUCCGCAUCAAGAUCUUCAACGGCUCGCACUCCUUCGAGCCCUCCGGCGUGAUGGCCGUUCCCCCGCACAGCACCGUCCUCAUGGACUGCAUGUAUCCGAGGGUCAGGGGCACCCCGGAGUGGAGCUGGACCAGCUGGUACAUGCAGUACCCCACAGGAUGGUCACCUGCCCAGGAGGAGAAGGCGGUGCGCUACCGACUGAGCAUCAAGAACAUCGAGAACAACGACUCCGGAACCUUCACGUGCACCUCGCCGCGCGGACUGACCAACAGCAUUGCCGUCGUGGUGGCCACUUCGACGUGUCCGCAGCUGACAGAGCCGCUGGCGCCGCUCAAGCUGCGCCUGGAGGGCAACAAGCUGGGCCAGCGGGCGCACUACGAGUGCCCCGAGGGCUUCCGGCUGGACGGCGCUUGGAACGCCACCUGUCUGGCCUCCGGCAAUUGGUCAUCGCCGACGCCGACCUGCCAUGCCAUCCAGUGCCCGCGCCUGGAGCUCGACGACCCGCACCUCAGCCUCAUCGAGCUGAACACCUCGGCAUGGGGGCGGGCGGUGUUCAAAUGCCAGUGGGGCUUCAAGCUGACCGGACCGGCGCAGCUGGACUGUGAGCCGUCGGGCGUCUGGAGUGGCCCCGUUCCGCGUUGCAAAGUCAUUCAGUGCGUGAUGCCAGUGGCGCCGCUCAACGGGCGCAUCGGGGGCACCAGCCUGAGUCAGCGGCGCCUCACCGUGGGCGCACUGGUCACGUUCAGCUGCAACGACGGGCACAGCCUGGUGGGCGAGUCGAGCAUCAUUUGCACGGAGAACGGACAGUGGUCGCACUCGCCGCCAUUUUGCAAGUCGCAGUGCCCCUAUCCCGGCGAUCCGCCCAACGGCCUGAUAGCUCCGCUCAAGUUUAACUACGACGCCGGAGACUACCUGAGCGUCCAGUGCCGGCCAGGAUUCGUCCAGAGUUACGAGGGUCCGCCCGAGCGGCCCAAGUGCCAGCCGGAUGGCCGGUGGUCCGGUCCGAUGCCCAAGUGCAAAAGCUACGAGGAGGUGUAACCUCCAGAACGAAGUCGAAGUCGAAACCCAAGGCGAAAGUGAAACCCGUAGACCCGAAAAGCCAAGGAUUCGCCGCCAAGUCAGCAUUACGGAUCCUCCAUCUGAGCGGAUGCUGCGACUCCGAACACAGAUCGAAACCGAGUGAUAUUUAGAUUAACUUAGUGAGAGGUAUCAAAAUUAAUAGAUAUUUUAUCAGAUAGGUUCAAUUCAAAUCAUUAACUCUUAUGUGGCCCACGAACUUUUCCGAAAACUCUCCUUUCGAACGCUUUUCGAACUAUGUACUCUUAAUAGAUCCAGUCGAUCAGGCACUCUCUCCUCAGAUAUUUGUUCUUCAGAUUGAGAAAAAAAAACAUUGCGCUUGCAUUUCAUUAUGAAGAAUCCUUGUACUAACACUAAACUAUUUAAUGAGAUAUUUAAUCAACAGCUGCGUACAGGUAUUUAUGUAUUACGUACUAUAUUCUGGUUGCAACUCAAAGUUACAUAAAUGUAAAUGUUUAAACGAAAAACUAAAAACGAAAAACGAAACGCAAAACUUACCCACAGUGCGAGUAUAUAUAUAUGUAUACAGAUUAACAAUUCUAUUCCACCAUAAAAAUGUAUUACCCCAAACGAAUGAAGAGAUUGCAGCAGCAGUUGUUGGACGAGUGUUGAUUAGUUAGGAGCUAAGAAAUGCCAAGAAGAUUAAAGCCCCGAAUCGAGGGGUCCCUGAAAGCCAUAUCCCUUAGUGAUUCCAUUUAGAGCUGAGGAGCACAGGUAUUGCAUAGUGUAUUGUAAGCAGCUGCAAUCUGCGUGUAAAGAAGAGACCGUUUUAAAAUAAAGUACGAAUAUUGUGUAAAAUGCAA